GAAAGUGUCGCUUUCUGGGUCUCCAUUCCGCUGCAGUGGCCCCUGCGUUAACGCUGUCUCGUACUGCGCGGCUGCAGAGGCUAGGAUGGCUCCUGCGCCCCAGUGAGGGCAGUGCAGCCUCUGCUCUCCGCGGACGCUCCACGCAGCGUCUGUGCGUGUCCUUCCUCCUCCUAUUCCUCCCCCCGCACGCUCCCGAAUCCCCCGCCCCCUCCUCGCUCUGCGCCUCCUUUCUGGCUGCAGGCGUACCGCUCUACACAGCCGCAGCGCCCAGUGCCCGGACAGCCUGCGGGAGGCACACACGCGACACCCACCCCGCCCGGCCGCACCCCUGCCCAGCAUGUCGGCGCUUGAAUGGUACGCCCAUAAGUCUCUGGGCGAUGGCAUCUUCUGGAUUCAAGAACGCUUCUACGAGUCGGGGAACCGCGCCAACAUCUGGCUGGUGCGCGGCUCCGAGCAGGACGUGGUGAUCGAUACGGGCCUGGGGCUGCGCAGCCUCCCAGAGUACCUGUACUCCUCUGGCCUUUUGCAGGACUGCGGGGCCAAAGAGGAUGCAGCACGCCGCCCGCUGCUGGCCGUUGCUACCCACGUGCACUUCGACCACUCCGGCGGCCUUUACCAGUUCGACCGGGUGGCUGUGCACCACGCCGAGGCCGAGGCGCUGGCUCGCGGGGACAACUUUGAGACUGUGACCUGGCUGUCGGACAACGAGGUGGUGCGGGCGCCGAGCCCCGGCUGGAGAGCCAGACAGUUCCGAGUGCAGGCAGUGCAGCCCACCGUCAUCCUGCAGGAUGGGGAUGUGAUCAACCUCGGUGACAGACAACUCACUGUUAUGCACAUGCCAGGUCACUCCAGGGGCAGUAUUUGCUUACAUGACAAAGACCGAAAGAUUCUCUUCAGUGGAGAUGUCGUGUAUGAUGGAUCACUGAUUGACUGGCUUCCUUACAGCAGGAUAAGUGACUAUGUUGGAACCUGUGAACGUCUCAUAGAAUUAGUGGACAGAGGUCUGGUAGAGAAGGUGCUUCCUGGGCACUUCAAUACCUUUGGUGCUGAAAGGCUUUUUCGAUUGGCUUCUAACUAUAUUUCAAAAGCUGGGAUAUGUCACAAAGUUUCUACUUUUGCCAUGCGAUCUCUUGCUAGUUUAGCCCUACGUGUAACAAAUUCUAGGACCUCACCCUAGUAUCUGUACUGAUAACCUAUUUUGAUUAAUUAUAUAAAUGAAUCCAAUUCAUUUUGUCUUGUUUAAAAUGAUGAAUAGUGAGCAUUUCAAGAAGUGCUUUUAUACUAUUAUUGUAUAUUAGAGAAAAAGAGAUUGAAAAUGAAUAAGCCAAAAU